CGCGGGUCACUUCCCCGUGCGGCUGCUCCGCUCGCCUCCCAGCGUGGAGCUCAGCGGAGGUCUCCAUCCUCGGCACGGCGCCUGGGACCCCUGGGGACAGACCAUCGGGGGGCGGGGGGGGCACGCAUGGCCAGGUGCUCGGACGAGACUCAAGCAAGAGCCACCGCGACCUCUCCUCGCCUGCGAGCCAGCCCCGAGCCAGCCCGAGGAGUCGUGGGGGGCUCUCUGGAGGUCACCUGGCACGGCAGUGGCACCGAGACAUCUUUCGGGGUCGUUCCGUGGGCGGUGGCGGUAGCGGUGGUGGAGUCAUCGCGAGCAACAGAAUAAUCGUCUCGGCGCAUGAGAAUGGUCAUGGCGGGCACAGGAUCGUGUGGCGUAAAGGGCUCUGCUACGGAAGCUGCGAGCAAGCUGCACACGUCGUCCCUGCUGUGCAAGCUGCUCUCUCCGCUGCUCACCACGCACGGCAUGGACAGGCGCACGGGGAAGGCGAUGCCGCUCACGCAGCUGCUGGGACGCGAGGCGUUCGACUGCAGCUCCCUGGCGGACCGAGCAUUCCAGGUGCAGCCCGAACUGCUGAGAUGCCCGGGCUACGGCAUCGACCGCACAGGCAGCACAGACUACCUGUGCGCGACACUCGACAAGGUGCAGCAGGCCAACAGCGGGGACUCGCGCCUGGUACCGCUGCACGUGGACGGGGACGGCCACUGCCUGGUGCACGCCAUCUCCCGGGCGCUGGUGGGCCGCGAGCUCUUCUGGCACGCGCUGCGCACGGCGCUGCGCGCCCACCUGGAGGAGGAGAGGGACACGUACCGCACGCUGCUCGCCGACUUCUUGGUGGACGACGAGUGGGACGAGAUCGUGCGCGAGAGCGAGCCCGACUACAGGCCGCCGCGGGGCACCCUGCACGGCCUGAGGAACGUGCACCUGCUGGGCCUGUCCAGCGUGCUGCGACGGCCCAUCAUCCUGCUGGACUCCGACGGCGGCAUGGCUUCUUCGGGGGACUACGCAGGGACGUUCCUCCCGGGCUUAGUUCCUUCCGAACAGCGUCGCAGACCGAGCGACGGCAAGUUACACCGGCCGCUGUGCGUGGCGUGGGCCAACCUGGAGCACAUCCACUUUGUUCCUCUCGUCGGAGUCAGGGGCCUUGUGCCUCCUGUUCUGCCCAAAGAAAUGCUGCCCAAGGUCUGGGGAUUCACCAACAAGGCCCUGGAAGAUUACAUCGACUUCAGCGAGGGCGACUGCUGCGUCAUCGGCGGAGACCGAACGCUGACCGACAGCUACGUCGAACGUCUCAUCUCGUCCAUGCAGGAGAUGUUUACCGAAAAGCACGGAAUUCCCCCUUCCUUAGUGGUUGACUGUCAAGAGUCGCUCAACAUGGGAUCGUGGAAGACGGACGGAGAAAUGAUCGCGACGCUGAAGGUGUAUUUAAGCGACGGCCAGCUGUAUCAAUGCACCAACUGCAUGAGCGUAGUCGUGGUUGGGAAUGAAACGACCGACGGCGACAGGGCGCCAGAUGUCCAGGACGAAGGGCAGCAACCCUGCGCGGUCGGGGCGGGCGCGUCAUCGGGCGCUAGUGUCCCUUCACCUUGCAGAAGCUGUUCCUCGGAAAGGGUCCGAAAGAUCCGCGAGGACGGCUCCACGCAAUAUGAAAAUACCGACCGAACGUCAACCCCCUCCGGCACGUGUAAAUGUGGAUUUAAGCAUUACUGGGACGGUCAGGAGUAUGACGGGCUGCCGCAGCUCGUGGGGGUCUCGUUCAGCUUGAACGGGAAGUGGAUCGAGGACACCGUGGUGGUGUUCAAGGACCAGAGUGACCCCGGGCUCAACACAAAUGUGCAGAAGAUGGCUCAAUAUUUGCAGCUCAAACAUUUUCCGGGCGCAGAGGUGAGCGGUGAGCUGGAGACCCUAGCCGCUCACGUGCUGUACAAGCAGCAGCAGCAGCAGCAGCUGUUGGCCACAGAGCGGGGCGACCGUAGCGUGGAAGCUGGCGACAGAGAGACGCGUGCAGACGACGCGGCAGAAGACGCGAAGCCCAAUGGUGCGCUGCUGUCAAAAGACCGUGCCGAGGGCACAGACGCUCUGGGCAGCACCGAGGAACCCGCGGGCAAGGAACAGGCACGCCAGCCUGGCUGGGAAAGCACAUCCCAGGGUGGGGCCGUAUCGAAUGCAGCAGCCGCAGCUACAGCAGCCGCAGCCUCUGGGAGGCAAUGCCUCGCGCAGAAUCAAGCGCCACAUGCUGCUCCGCACGCUGCGCCGAACUCGUCACCUGCCUCGGGAAAUGUCGGGGUGAAGCCGGGCCAGGGAGUCGUCGUGAGUCUGCAGGCAGACUGCACGCAGGAGCUAAUUUUACUCAACACCAUGGCCAACGUUUUGGGAGACAGUUUGUGGUCGUUUGUCAAGAAACUUCCGUACACGUUCUGCGACGCCGGAGUGUUUCUCCGUAAAGCCAGCGACGACUUAGAGUUGGCGGAUGGCGUGCACUGCAGCUUCCCGUGUCUACCCGGCCGAGUGUUCGUCUAUAACGAGAGCCGCCAUCGGCUGGACAUCUGCCUGCUGGAGAGAGGCCACCGGUCCGUGGGGCAGGAGCUCGAGGACCGGGAGGGCCCGGGGCCGCUGGAGGUAUUGACGGGGAGCCUCCGUUCCGCGGACCUCCGGACUGCCGCGCGUGUGAGUGAAACUCGCGCUCGCUCCGAGCCGUGUUUUCACGACGUCUUAAGGCAGGAGGCUAAAGUUUAGUGGCG